CAGAACACGACCCUGCUUGCGUUCACACAAUAGUACACUGGCCUGGGAGGCUCGAAGCUAAAGCCGUAAAGGAAGCCCUUGGCAAUGUCAAACAAAUGGUGGAAUGGGCCUCAGACUACAACAGGUCGGGGCAUUUACUCGCAGUAUAACCCGGACUCCAUCAAGGAGUGGGUCGAGCGCUCGCAGUCCCCGCGCCGCGUGGGUACGUCUGACCGCUCGCUGGCGCAACUCCGCGAGCUGCAGCGGCCCACCACCACCAGCACAGGGCACCGGACCAUGGAGCCUCGCCCUGUGAAUGCGCAUGUGCAGCAGCCUCUUUCCAGCCCCAUGCUGCCCCAGUUCGUGCACCACCACCAUUUCGGCUGGCUGCCGCCCUCUCCGGAGCGCCGCGUCGGUGGUAGCAUUGCGCAUGCCUCGCCACGUCAGGCGGGUCACGGCGUGUCUUACGGCAUCGCCAACUCCCACAACCACCAAAUCCACAACACGCACAUGCUCAUUUCGGGCAGGAAACCGUGACAGUGCGGCUGUGGAUGGGCGAGCUCAACUCUUAGGUGAUAUUGCAUUGUGCAGGUAGCUCAUUUUGCAUGCUUGUUGGAUUGCGUGGUGGGCAACAGAAAGUGGUGAGUAGGCAGCGCUUAGUGCACCGAAGGGCUCAGUGGAUCCGUGCAGAAGGGAUCUAAACAGACAGGCAGGAACGUAGGCUUGACGUGGUUUUAACAUCGGUAGCGUAGGGCUAGGGCAUGAGGACUGAUCAGGCGUCCGGCGGCCUGCAGUGAGUCACAUUGCAAUCCAGGGGCGCCCCUGUUGGAAUCGAAGAUGGUACCAGUUCGUGUGGUAGGAGUGGACACGUGUGUCAUUCAUCCGUUGAACUGUAUACUGCGGUAGAGGUUGGGCCAGCUGAGCAAGCUGCGCGGGACGGUCAGUAUGCAUAAUACAAUAGAGGCACGGCUGUUGAGGGCUUACAUAGGAUACCUUGUAGGAUACCCUGCUGCGCGGGUUGCAGGAGCAGGCAGGAGCAAGUGGUUGUUCCUGGCGUGCUUUCAAGGUCGCCACGCUUUUGGCCACGUAUGGCACACAACAGCCCCUGGGCCAAUGCUUUCAAAGUUUCUGUAGAGACAAGUGCUCUUCGCUCAGCCAUGAAGGCCGAGUGUGUGCUACGGUAUCUGUACAGACACACAUCC